UUCUGGUGCCCCCGCGAGCAUAUAUGAGGUCAGUUUGGCUCGCUCAUCCUGGCUUAUUCCCCGCGAAAUAGCUACUAAAUUACUUCGGAAAAGUGUAUCUAUUUUCUGUGAAAUCUCCUGCCAUUGUCCAUUCUUAGCUAAAAAAGUGAGAUUUCUAGAAGCAAAGCGAAAAAGUAGCAGUGCCGUGGAAAAACGCGUAUCUUAUCGGUAUUCAUUCAUUAGAUUUUCAGGACGAUUCUAGUUUGACCUUAAAAGUGUACAAUGAAAGUUAUUGAGCGUCGAUUUUGAGUUUAAACUGAACUCCCGUUUCGAUCCUGUUGUCAAUGUUGGUCCUCGUUACAUAAUAAGCAAUCAAGUAAAAUGGAAGGAACAGUGCUGGCGCGACGAGUGCUAAACCCGCAAUUCAUUACUUUUCCAAAUGGUUCCAAGUUAGUUGUCGUGAGCAUAGCCCACUUGCAAAAGGACAUUUCAUAAAUUUGCCAUGGUAAAAUAUGAUUUUUGCACCUUGUGACCGCUCUGUAUUAUUAUCUGGGCGUAUGCUGCACAUGGUGAUAGUUGCGUAUGCGGUGCUCCUUGGAAUACUUUAAUGGAGUCGGCUGAAACAGAAAUGAAUCCUUCGGAAAACCCGUGGGGCUAACAUUUGCGUAAAACUCGAAAGUUUGAUUGGUGAACGGACUUCUGUGGAAACAUAGUAUAUCGAACACGAAGCUAAGGAUCAGCUGAUGUUGAUGAAUUGUGCAUUAGCUGCGGAAAAAACGGAAAAACUGGCAACGUGAAAAUCCAUAAUGAAUUUCUAGGGGAAUUUCUGCUGGGAACAUUCGCAUUCGACGGGACCAGACUGACGACGCCUUUUAUCGGUUGUUGAACGACAGACAGAGUUCCUACACUGGCAUUCCAGCCGCGUAUAUUUCUUCAACAUCGAAAUUGAGACGUUUACCCGACUGAUGCGGAAUUUGGUACGAAGUUUGGGACUGUGAAAGUCCAAGCACGCAUGCGAGUUUCGCCGAAGUGCAAUUGUUGAUUUGUGUUUGCUGCCCGAUUGAAUCCGAAUGCUCGCUGUGCUCGGGUCCAUUCGUCUGGGAAUAGAUGGGGAUGUUGUGGAUGUUGAUGUGGACCAUAGUGGUGCAUCUUGCGUCGUCAACCAGCACAGCCGAAACGGGGGGACGAGCAGCGCGUUUUGACAAUGAGGAGUGGCAGUUCGGAACUUCUACUCGAGCAGCAACAACAAGAGCUUAGGUUACGUAAAAAAAAGGAACUGGCGCCUAAAAAGAAGAAUGGUAACCGCCGUUUUCGAUCGUGGCGUGAACGUGUUAGCUUCUAUGGAACAUCGACGUUGGCAUUUUUUUCGGUGACAGCGGGCGCUUCCUUGUUAUUCCUUGUACCGCUCUACGUGGACCCGGCCAUCUCAACACUGGGGCAUGAUUUUAUCGACACACCGACCUUGUGCACUACAACGCGCCGCGAAAAUAUGGUCGGUAUAUUUAACUGUUCGUGGAGUUCUUGUCGCGAAGGAUGUACGUCCGAUAUGUACCGCUGCACGCAUAUAUAUGUGACGUUUAUUGAACAAAACAUAACGAUACCGAAAAACCUAAGUUCAAUGGAAGCACUCGCGAAUUAUACGGUAGACAUGCCUCAAUCGAAGGAAGCCACGCUCUUGGUCAAUAUAAAAGGCUGCGGAUAUCCGCCAAGUGUUAAGUGCAAAAAUUUCACUGAUUACUACGGUGUUGAAGGUGCUGUUUUCCCGUGUUUUUAUUCGAGAAAGAACAAAACGGUUGUCCUGACAUCUUAUGACCACGACGAUCAAGUUACGAUGAUAAUACAUUUUUUUGUUGUGCCAUUUGUUAUAACAGUUGUUUCAUCCGUUGCACUAUGUGUUAUGCACUGUGAUUGUAGGUGUAAAAAGGAGCGAACUCAUCGUCGUCCUCGACCGUCACAAUGUCGACGGCCUGGAAUUGAGAAUUUAAGUGAUACAUCGAUAUCGACUCGUGUCGAUAUGCUCACUCCGGCUAUUGAGGUUUAUAAACCACCUCUCUGACACAAAGAUGACACUGUGGAGAGCAACCUAGGGAAUCCAUCGACUAGUAGCGAACUCUAGCAGCGCCUGCCUCGAAGGAGCGGAGGGGAUAAUCUGUUUGUUCUUCCAUCUUAGUGUCAAUCAAAAUCAAAACAUAUUUAUUCUAGGACCUUAGGUAAGCAAACCUAAAUCAUAAGAACAGAAAAGACUCUUGAAUGAUUUUUCAAUAACAAUUUGGAUAACCCUAACAUUAGUCGUAUCAUUUCGACUAUUCAAAUAUAGUUGGGAAUUUAAAAUAAAAAGAACACUAACACCUUAUCAAAUAGGUUCGUUUAAGAGUAUACAUAGUGUAAAUGGAUUUAAGCCUUAGAUUUGAUAUUAAGACAUAAUUUAUGCAAUUGCUCAGAUGAGGGCAGAUGUAUAUAUUUAUUUUAGUACAUUGACAAUGUUAGUGGUUUCUUGUUGAAUUCUUAUUUUAAUAAGUUCCAUAUAAGCAAAAUAAUUUUAGAACUGUGAUUAUUUAAAACGCAACAAAAAAGCAAUUAAAUAAAUUAAAUUGGCAAAAUAAAUAUUCCGUUUUACUAGAAAAUAUAAUAUAAAAAAAAAAUUGAACGGAGGAAAGGGUAGACAAGAAUUUUAAGCUGAAACUUAUCUGGAGAGUGACAUUGCUUAUUAAUAGAGUAAAUCAAGUAGUUUUGCGUUAACGUAAGGUGAAAUUGUUUGUAGCCCGAAUGGUAAACUUAGUUUGUAGGAAGAUUUUAAAAUAUUGAACAUUUAACGUCCAAUCAAUGAUUUUGAAAUUCGCUAGUAACAAAAUAUACAUGAAUUUUCAUGAGAAAUGACCUAUUGAACUAGCCAAUACUUUGCAGUAUAAUAUCAAGUAUUAUAAUAUGAUUUCAGGUGAAUAAGCAAUUUACUAAAAGGGCCUAGUCUUAGGAAAAUCACGUAAAUUUACAUAGAACUGUCAAUUAUUUUACUUUAGUUUGUAAAAACGAACCACCAUCGGAAUAGAACGAUAAAACGAUAAUGUUGUAUGAAGCAUAUCAAUUUACGAAGAAGAAUAUAUGGGAAGAUAUUUAAUUCAUAAGCAUUCAUGUGUGCUUUGCGUUCUGAAAAUCCAAUUUGCUUUGAAUGUUAAAUAAGUGUUAUUUUUCUAGGGAAGUCAGAUACCAACGAAUUGAAGAUGAGGUUGUUUAUUUUAAUUAAUACAUCAAGUACUUCUUAAAUGUAGUGAGCUUUUGAAUUCUCACAUCGUGUGAAUGUAUUAAUCAAUGAAUCAGCUUGGAGAACUGGUAAUUAAAAGAAAAAAAAAAUCAGGAGACCCACAAGACCUUGCCUAUAAAAGUGUAUUCUUACCAUUCUUUGCACUAAUUGAAAGAUUCUAGUUUAUACAAGUAAACGAAAUUUUUCCACUUAAGGGGGUCAUCUCGUGUGUUGGAUCCGAGGAAUCGAAAUUUUUUUUUUGCAUCUAUUGUUUCUAGAUAUAGUGUAGAAAAUAUGGGCAAAGUGAU